AAAGCAGAAACCUACUAGCAUAAAGUAAAUAUACAUAUAUAUUAAUGUGUGUAUAUUUAUAGUAGAAGUAGUAGUAACAAGAAGAGAGCUUAAAGCAGUAUCUGAAGACUGCUAAAAGAAAGAGAAGCUCUAGUCCGAUAGGAAAGUAUAUUAAAAAGAGUUUCGAUCCGAAGGAUAGACGCGCGGCGAGUCGUCCACGUCGGGAAAUGUUUGAUAGUGAAUUUGUGAUUUAAUGUCGUCCGGUUGUUGUUAUUGCAGCUGCUACGAUUUGUUGUGAUCUGUGCGUCCAGGAGGAAGGAACGAAAGAACGGUCCUUCCCUUCCUCAAUACCGCUGUUAUCCGUUUCAAUUGGAUAGAGUAACAGUUGUAUUUGAUUAUUUUUUUUGAUGUGCUCCUGUUCCGUGUCUGAUAUAGAAGUCGCGCGCUCGUGAGGCCCUCAAAAGAGUUUUGGAAAUAAAAAAUUAAAGAGUAUAGCGAGAGAAAGAAAUAUUGAGAAGGUGAUUGGAGUAUUAGUGCGGUCUGCACGCAGUGGCCCCCAAAUGCUGGUCCGGCGCCGAAGGAGAAGAGGAGCAGCAAAGUCCCAGUUUCAUGUUCAUGUUUCGGAGCAGACGGAACCAAUUGACUAAACAGCUGGUGAAGGCUCGGAAACGGCGAGGAGGCGAUGAAGGUCGGCGAGUAUCGGAAGGCGGCGGCGGUGGUGGUGGAGACGACGCCAAGGGUCUCGUCGACCUGCUCAAGAAGCUCAAAGAUAACCAGCUGGCCAUGCUGAGCAAGGCGGUCGAGAGCUGCGGACAGUUCACGAACUGCGUCCUCCUCUCGCGCGAUCUCUCCGAUCCGCACGUGCUCUGCUGUCAGACCUGGAGGUGGCCUGAGGUCAGGCACAGCCACGAACUCAGAAGGAUACCCACCUGCCGUUCGGCCUCGGAUCCCAUCUACAUAUGCUGCAACCCCUAUCACUGGAGUCGGCUUUGCCAACCAGAGUCGCCGCCACCUCCGUAUUCGCAGUUCGCCAUGGACAGUUUUAAUCCUGAAGAUCGUGCCCCGAGCGAAGCGUCCAUAGUCUGCAGGGAUUCCUAUCCGGGCUCCCUGACCACAAACGGAGAAGAAUCGAAUUUCAACGGCUGGUGUAAGCUGGCCUACUGGGAGCUAUCCAAUCGGAUCGGACCCCUGCACACCGUCGAACAGCCCCAUUACAACGUCUUCGGCGAAAUUCCUCGCGGGGACGGCAUGUGCCUUACUCAACUAUCGCAGCACAGUUUCAGUCCGCCCCCGACGGUACGGAAGGCGCGAGAAAAAAUUGGAUUAGGGGUGACGGUGUCGAGAGAGGAGGACUGCGUCUGGCUGUACAACAGAUCGGGAUACCCGGUGUUCGUGAAUUCGCUGACUUUGGAAUCGGAGACGAUGUCCAGGUCACCUAUUCGACUGCCCUCCGAGCACUGCGUGUGCGUCUUCAAUCCAGCACGAGUCGCCCACCAGAACUACGGUUGGAACUUCGCGGAGGGCCCCACCGUUCGGCCGAACUCUGUGCAAGUGAGCUUCGUGAAGGGUUGGGGUCCAGGCUAUUCCCGCCAGGAGAUCACCUCGUGUCCCUGCUGGUUAGAAAUUCACCUGGUGCCGUGUAGGUGAUUCCCGCUGAACUGUUUUCUUUAUCAUCAUUUUACUAAAGGCUGAGGAUACACUUUCUAUGUUUUUUUUUGUUGUUGUUGUUUUUGUUUCGUUAUUCUGUUGUAAAUCGGAUUUUUUCUCUCCCGUUCUAUUGUAUCUAUCUAUGAUUUCGUUAUUCAAUUGAAAACAAACAAGAAGAAAGAAAGGAAGUGGAAGAAAAACGUGGAUGUGUAUGCGAAAACACCAAGAUGAAGAAGAAACGAGAAGAAGAAACUUUCUUUCCGUCCUGAUAUAUUUAAAAAAAAAA